UUCCGUUAGCUCGCGAUCUCGAUUGUUCUGCCGGCGAAUAUUACUUAGACACUUUGCGUGUAUUUUGUUGCACUGUUGGCGAAGUUUUGCUAAGUAAGUCUUUUUUUUGGAGGUUCGUUCAAUGGGUUUUUGUGAGACGUGCCGCAACUUUCAGUGUCUGACGCAACUGUUAUCACAAGAUUAAGUCAGUUUCAAUUUGGACCAAGUUCAAAGGGAUUCUCAUUGAAACAAUAAACAGCAGCAUAUAGAUAUUUUGAUUAUCACCUUGCACUUAAGACAAUAUCGUAAAGGGGAAUGCGUUUUUUAAGAACGACGCUGUUGCCAGUCGGACUACAGCAUUUUGUGCGAUAUUUCUCAGUAUCUACAGUAACCAUGAGUGGAAACGAAGAUUACAAAUCUGCUACGUCGGUUUAUGACUUCGUAGUUAAUAACAUCAAAGGAGAAGAGGUUCCGUUAGACAAAUACAAGGGACACGUUUUACUGAUUGUGAACGUCGCUUCUAAGUGCGGUCUCACUGCCACAAAUUACAAAGAAUUGAACGAACUGUACGACAAAUAUGCCGAUUCCAAAGGUUUGAGAAUCUUGGCAUUCCCUUGCAACCAAUUCAAUGGACAAGAGCCCGGUACCCCAGAGGACAUUUGCAGCUUUGCAGACCGUCAAAAAGUCAAGUUCGACUUGUUCGAGAAGAUUGACGUCAACGGUGACAACACACAUCCCUUGUGGAAGUACUUGAAGAAGGAGAAGGGUGGUACUCUGGGCAGCUUUAUCAAGUGGAACUUUACCAAGUUCAUCGUGGACAAAGACGGAAAAGUCGUCGAAAGACAUGGACCUAACGUCGAUCCCAGCAAGCUCUCCGAAAAUCUCGAAAAAUAUUUUUAAGAGUCAAGGCAAUCGGCCGAGACAAGUGAUUUCCACACAAGAGUCUGAGUGAUAUUAUUAAAGGAAAAUCGAAAGCCUUCAGAAUUUGUAGAAUUGUCAUUGUUAUUAUUCACGAUUUUUUUUUGUAACGAUCACUAUGUGUGAGACACUCAUAUUACGCUUAUUUAUCGUAACACUUACAAGAUUAGUUUUUUCUUAGGAUUUAUAACGAUACUUUCUGUAGACGCAAAUAUCGAUGCUUUCAAAAUUAUUUUAGGUUUCUAAUUAUUUAUUUUUAUUUUUCAAUUUUAUUAUUUACGUUAUGAUGUUUGUGAAUCAACCACUAGAUUUUUCAUCACUAAAAUUACGUUUAUAAUAAAAAGUUUUACAUUCGGUAAAAAAAAAUGAAAAACUCGAUAAAAUAAAUUAAACAUCGACUCACUGCUAUGCAAUAACAAGAUUCCUGAUUAAACUUCUUUUACAGAAGUAUUCGCUUCAUAUAAGUUUUUCCAAAGAUUUUAUAAUAACAGAUAUGAAAAAUUCAGCUUUUGCACUUAUUACACAAAUAUCAUUGAUUUAAUUAAUGAACAAAAUUAAUUAUUAAGUGAUCAUUUUAUAAACGUUAUAUUACACUCAUUGUUUCCAUUAAAAAACUUUAUGAUCCAUCACAAAUACUUUUUAUAUCAUUUCGUUUGCACAAUUGUAAAAAUUGUGAUAUUUAGGUAAAUAGACAAUCUUGUAUUUUGCUUAUUUAUAUAUUAAAAUAUGUACUGAAAAUGCGAA